AUGAACCCACUGUCAGAAACUCCAACACCUCCACAGAGAUCGACAACAGCACCGCAGCAACCACCCUCAACCUCAAACCUGCUCUUAUCUCUUGACCUUUCCAAGACCCUACACCAGCCUGUAGAGCCCCGCCCAAAUUGCUGCGACAUCUGUGGACGCUACUUCAGCCGUUAUGAUAAUCUGGAACGGCAUCGGCGCACCCACCUCAAUCAGAAGCUGUUUGACUGCGAAGAUUGUGGUAAGAGUUUUUCGCAAAAAUCCCACCUCAAAGAGCACAGCACCGUGCAUACAGGCGAGCACCCAUACAAGUGUCAUGUUUGUGGAUAUGCCUUCUCUAGAAAGGGUAAUUUAUCAAGACACAUGAAAACUCAUGAAGAACAACCCACUCUGUCUACUUCAUCGGUUAUCACUACAGCAACCCUGCUUAGGAAAGUAACAUCGAGUAUCAGUGAAAGUAGUAACAAUGUCCUCGGACCGACCUUGGAUGUCCAAGAACCUGAAGAAGUCGAUGCUUUGGCUGAAGAGCCUGAUUCCUUAGGUGUGGACAGCAGUAGUAAAUCAAUUAUAUCUGCAUUUUCUCGUCACCACAGACGGCAGCAUGGGGACAACACCCUGGAUAUUAAUUCUGAUAACCCAUUUGGGUGUAAAGCUUGUUGGAAAGCUUUCUCACAGGGCUCCUACAACAGCCGUAAUAAAGUUCACCAACGCAUUCAUUCAGCUCUGAAACCAUACAAAUGUGACCUUUGCCCCAAGUCCUUUUCCCAAAGGUCGCACCUGAAAGUGCAUCGCAGGAUCCAUACAGGUGAGAAACCAUUCAGUUGCCCCACCUGUGCAUUUACAUUCUCUAGAAAUGACCACUUGGAACGGCACAUGCGCACUCAUCACGGACAGAAAACAUAUCGUGUUCUCGGUAGCAGUAACCGUGGCAACACUGGCGGCAGCGAUAACCAGUGUGACCCUCAUUCAGAAGAUGCACCAAAUGCAAACAAUGACGAAGAAAUGCAGCCAUCAACCUGUGGAUGCGUAGAGAGCAACUGUAGUUGCUGUUGCAAUAACAGCUGCGACCACAAUACGAAAGAAAGUAAAUGCAACUCUGAAAGUAGCAACAUACAAGCUGAUCUUGGCAACCAUGGUAGCAAUUCCAAUAAUAACAACAAUCAUCAAAAAGCCACAACCCAAAAUGGACAUCUAGAUAGCAACAGCGAGGACAACUGCGAAAGCAGCAAGCCCCUAGACUGUUCACUCUGCUUCAGAGCUUUCUCUAAGAGAUCCCAUGAGUCAAUGCAUAAGCAAAUACAUCAAGCUGUACUGCCAUACAAGUGUAAUGUUUGUGGUAAGGCAUUCCCGCAGAAUGGGAACCUCACUCGACAUAAGAGAACCCACGUAGGGGAGAAGAGGUUCAAAUGUGACAUCUGUGGCAAGGCGUUCUCGCAGAGGUCACACGUCAAAGUACACCAGCUAAUUCACAUUGGGAAUCGUCCUUAUAAAUGCAAUGACUGUGGCUAUGCCUUCCGACGACCAGAUCACCUCCUGCGGCAUAAGCAGGCAAAUGCUGGAAACACAAGACUGAGCUGUGUUUCCCGUCAAGCUGAGGAAACACAGAAUAGUGACAGUGAAGUAAAAGGACACAGAGAAAAAUGCAGCAUGCAAACAGAACCUCAGUUAAGAACCUCUGAACAGGCUGACAGUAGAGAAAUCGAAGGACCACUUCAAAACCCGUUAAACCUGGUACAACCAGUCCCACUAAAUUUACAUUCUCCACCAGUGGACAUCCCAUACUAUAACACUGAUUCAGUUGCUGCCACACUGGUUAACAUUCAGCCGAACCAAGCAAGUGUUGCUAAUCCUACAAGUCUGCCAUUUGGGGUCAGUCAUUACCAUACUCGCCUACCACCAAAUUUCACCCUUUCUCAUCAUAGCCUACCACAGACUUCAGCCCUUCCUCCACACUUGAACAUUGCCCUUCAACCAAGACUAACCCACACUAAUGCAGGUUUCAAAAUUUAA